CAUCAGGCCCAUAUGAAUAUGUACGUCUUCGGGCUUUCCGGCGGAAUGCAACGCCACGAGGAGGAGGAGGAUGGAGAAGGGGUUGGUGGCGUACAACGUAUACAGAGCCAUAAGCUGCGGUUUGUCGCCGUUAAUCCGCCUCCACCUGCGGUGGCGCAGGUUCCGCGGCCUGGAGCAUCCACACCGGUGGCCGGAGCGUCUGGGCCAUCCCUCUCAGCCUCAGCCUCGCCGGCCAGGUCCACUCAUCUGGUUCCACGCCGUCUCAUUGGGCGAAGGGAUGAUCGCGCUUCCUGUCAUCAAACAAUGCAUUCAGAGAAUGCCUCACUUGAACGUGCUCUUCACCAUCACCACACUCUCUGCAUUUGAAGUAUUAAGCAAGCGGCUUCCAAGUGAAAUCAUUUUACAGUUUUCUCCAGUUGAUACACCUGCUUCCAUCCGCUCUUUUCUGCAUUAUUGGAAGCCGAAUGCUAUUGUGCUAAUGGAAAGUGAACUCUGGCCAAAUCUUAUCAUGGAUGCUUCAAAAAAUGGUAUAACUCUGGCACUGUUAAAUGCUCGGAUUUCUGAGAAAUCCUUUAAAGUGUGGUCAGGACCAAUGCUACUUCCAUUAAUUUCGUUGAUGUUAUCCAAAUUUUCCUUGAUUGUUCCGUUGAGUACAGAGCAGGGUAUCCGGUUUCAGCUACUGCAAGCCCCUCCAUAUAUUAUAAACUUUUCUGGUGAUCUUAAGUAUGUUAUGGAGGACACUGGAGUUAAUGAAAGAGGCAGAAAAAACAUAGAUAAUCUGAGACUACAGCUUUCGGACAAGCAAGUUUGGAUGGCUUCUUCCAUUCAUAGGGGAGAAGAAGAAAUAAUACUAGGAGUUCACAAUGUCCUUAUGCAGCUGCAACCGAACAUAAUGACUAUUAUUGUCCCUCGGCAUCCACAACAAGGACGAGAGAUUGCCAAAAAAUUCGAGGAAGAAGGACAAAAUGUAGUUUUGAGGUCUCAACAUGAGAAGUUCAAGCCAGGAACAAAUACUUAUGUGGUGGACACUUUGGGUGAAUUAAGACACUUGUACACUUUAACACCAAUAGCUGUGAUUGGUGGUUCAUUCCUCCCAGGUUUAUCUGGCCAUAAUAUCUCAGAAGCUGCUGCAGCCGGCUGUGCUGUUUUAACAGGUUGUCACGUUGGGCAUUUCUCCCACAUGGUAACGGGAAUGCAACGAUCAAAUCCUUUGUCAGUCCUUCAGGUUUCUGGAAAGCAAGAGCUUGAAAAAGCUCUCGUUGAGCUCUUCACAAAUACAACUCUUCUGGAAGCACGUCGUAGAGCUGCAAAGGAAGCAUUUUGUAGUUUGUCUAGUGACAUAGUUGCAAAUGUCUGUAUUUUGCUAAAUUUUCAUAUUUUUAGUAGAUUGUCUGUAGAGGAAACAAAGAUGAGAAAUGAAGUUUCAUAAUAUUGCAACAAUUUCUCAUUAUAUUUCCUUUCAAAGCUUGAAGAGUGUAGAUGCCAUAUGCCCGCAUUUAUGCUUCAAUCAAGAGCAUUGUUACUUGUUAGUAAACUAUUUACUUUGGCAGCAACUGUGCUAAAUUUGUGUUUCAAAA